AUGUUUUUAAGGGAACUGUGUUUGUUUUCUCCGGGUACACCAUUAGAAGUUAAAACCAAGUUUUACAAUUCAGAGAUGAGUGACUUAUUUCUUGAAGUCCAGAUUAAGAACAUUUCACCUUCAGAUGUUUUUAUAAAAAAGGUUUCCUUACAGCCACCUGAAAUGUACACUGCAGCAGAAUUAAAUCAUGUGAAUUGGGCUGGAGAAGAUGAGUGUACCUUUGGAACAAGAACAUUUUUGCAGUCGAUGGAAGAACGCCAGUAUUUGUAUCACUUUCAGAUCAAGCAGGAAUUUUCAGAGAAAUCUGGUGCCAUUAGAGGAUUAACAGACAUGGGAAAAUUGGACAUAGUGUGGAAAAGAGAGCUCGGUGAACUGGCAAUGCUACAGACAAUCCAACUUGAAAGAGAAGCUCCAGGUUUUCGCAACGUGAGCAUGUCUUGGGAGACAAUUCCAGAUACUGUAAGUCUAGAAGAGCCUUUUCAUAUUACCUGUAAGAUAACAAACCACAGUAAUAGGAAAAUGAGAUUGGUUUUGAAUAUGCAUGAUACAGAUUCUAUUCGUUGGUGUGGAAAUUCAGGAAAGUAUCUUGGAGAGCUGUCUCCAAGUUCAUCUCUCUGCUUUACCCUGACACUACUGGCUUUGAAAACAGGCCUACAAACUAUCUCUCGCAUACAAAUAACAAACACAUUAUCAAAGAAAACAAUUGUCUGUGAUGAUAUUGCAAAAGUCUGUGUAUUACCUUCCACUGGUAAAAUGAAAACAUGA